CUUUUCGCUUUUUUGUGCUUUGGAUUUCCUGUUAGCUGAUCUCUGCUUGCUGUGUAUGAAGUGAAGACUCUUCGAGUCUCUUUGUUAUUUGACGGAAAUACCCACGGCGGUUGUUCGUAUUUGCGUCUGGUUCUGCUAAUAAGCAGAGACCAGAACCGCACGAGCCUCAGUGUUCAUGAGGCGGCUGAGGCUUUUAGCGUGUUCGUCGACGACACACGCAUUUCAUGGCUUCUUUUUCACUUUACCAUCUUCAGCCUUCUUCCUCUACCUAAUUUACCUUGUCAUCAGUUUUUCCGUUUUCUAAUCUGGAUUUCGAAACCGACGUUUCUGAUUUCCUAUCGCGUUUCGUUUGUCGUCUCUUGAGCUGCUAAUGCUGACGAGGUCAAAUUCGUCAUUUCGUUAUCUUCUUUAGAUUUUUCCUUCUUUGGUUAGCUCGAUAAUCGCCGGCGGUCAACCCUUUUUAGCCGCCGUGUACGACGUCGUUCGCACAAUUUCAUGACCAAAAUGCCCCCGACCCGCGUGUGCCUUUCCAUAUCCCUCACGUGAUGUAGCAGAUCGAGACCUCCUUCACGUUUUCGUCUCGCUCCUUUUGCCGGUAACCUGCCUUUCUUGAUUCGCCUGCGAGAUUUACCAAACUACCCUUCCAAACUCCUCCCUAGAUUGUGAUCACCAAAGGACACUCCCGUCAAUUCCGAGAUUUACCGCAGAGAGUGAAAACCGCGAAAUUUCCCUGAGACGACGAGCUUACUCGUCUGAUCCCUUUUUGCUCGCGACAAAAGUCGCAUCUCGCGUCGAGUCAAAAGUACGAAUAUAGAUGGGCAUAGCAAACAGGAGGAGGGUAUUUCGGUCAUAGUAAUAAAAAGGGGAGUAGGGUGUGGUGGUGACGUGGGCCUAUCUUAAAAGCGUGGUGGGGCCAUUUGGGGGAAGUGAGUUUGGCUUAGGGAUAGGUCUGCGUUCGGUUUUGGUGUGGCGUUGUUAGUGGGGGUUGCUGGGGUAAUUUUCCUCUGUGGCGCGGGCGCAGUCAGCGGCUUUUAUGGACCAUCAUCUCCUUUGAUAACGCUUUUCUUUUUCUUAUGUUUUCUGGAGAUCCAGAGGAACUCGAUGGGAUGGUUGUGGCCGCUGAUUGGGGGAUUGAGUUUUAUUGGGUAUGUGAAUCUGACGGUCAAGGAUGGUUUGGUGAGAGUGGUGGCUGUGGUCCUUGUCGCUUAUUUAGUUUAAAGAAUUACGAUAUAUUUUUUAAUUUAUUAUUUAUUAUUUUUGGACGAGGGGAUUUGGGUUCGGUGUGGAAGGAAGCGAAGCGAGAGGCAAUGUUUGUAUGGACUAUGGAGGAGAGGAGGCCAUGGGAGGAGAAGCAGAGGCAUGUGAGCAAGUCACGUGAGGAAUAAAAUAAGGAGCUUGUCAUGUGUGGCCAGGCCACGUGGAUAUUCAUGAUGUGAAUUUCUAAAUGGGUUUAAGCUUACUCAUCAUUGGGAUGGGGAAGCUUUAUCCAAAGUCCAGAGAAACGGGAACUGCUACGUAUGAAUCCACCAGCACCACCACUGCCACCAAGAGGGCAAGGAGAAAGAAGACAUUUGCUGAGCUUAAGGAGGAGGAAAGUUCGUUGUUGAAGGAAAGGACAUAUUUGGAAAAGGAAAUAGCGACCUUACAAGCAACUUUUAAGCAACAAAGAGCCAAAAAUGAGAACUUUAAGAGAAUCAAGCUCGACUUGAACAUGCAUCCUGCUAGGAAUUUGAGCGCAAACUUUGAUGGAGCAGGGAAAGCAAUUUCCAGUCAACCCCACGAGAGAACAGCGUCGAGCACCUACGGCAUUCCCUCAAAUUUGCCUCCACAUGCAGAAGCGCAAUCCGAUUCUUACAGUGAACGCGAGGCCGUUUCAGCCCGAGACAAUUCUUUCUUGCUGCCUGAUCUAAACAUGGAGCCGUGCGGAGAGGAAUCUGGUUCCGAAACGCUAUACGGGAUGAGCUGAGGAAAGCAUGAGUAAAUGCAUUAUGCUUUCAAUGAAGAAACUGAUUGAUAUGCCAGUAUAACAUAGCGCAUUCCAGGAACUAGCUCUUCAUAAGUAGUACAAGUAGAGGUCAGUCGGAGCGUAUCCAGUGAAGUUACAGAUAUAACCUGAUCUGGAUCCCUUUUACCUAAGUUUUGAGGGUUUUUAGUAAAUUAGCAGUCAUAGCCAUUAGGCUGUAGAGGCUUCUGUUUAUGUCACAGCUGUUGCUGCUUUCCUCUGGAAAAUUCUUUGGGGUAAACCCUCAUUACUUCUAAUGUUCAAAUUAUUUAGAUCAUAAAUUUGUAUCAUUCUUUGUAGGUUUUAAAAACCCUAUCUGAAAUCCAAGUUAUAGUUUUCAGUCACCAAAAUUGCAACUUUCGGACAGGUGUCAAUGACUCAUUGUAUUAUUGAUUAUUUUAAGAUUUCAAUUUUUUUUAUUU